AAAAUCCCCAUUUUCAUCUAUCUAAAACCAAAACCCUCUACAAAUUUCCACCCCCAUCCUAUUUCCCAUUUCCUUCUCCCAAUCUCCGAAAUUCGCGGCUCCAACGAUGUCGGCGUACUGGUGGAAGACCUUCCACGACAACGAGGACCGGCCGGAGAAGCCUCGCCGGUACGGCCUCACCGAAAUGCGAGGCCCCAGUCCCUCUCUCUUCGCCCAAAACGUCCUUCAGGAUGUUCUUGAGUCAAUGGGGGACGUUGUGGAUGGGAUGAAGUUUGCUGGAGGCUCAUAUAGCUUGAUGCCCAAGUCGUUUGUUAAAGAAGUGAUUGAUGUGGCUCACAAGCAUGAUGUGUAUGUAAGCAGUGGGGAUUGGGCUGAGGAUUUGCUCCGAAAAGGCCCGUCGGCUUUUAAAGAGUAUGUGGAGGAAUGUAAGAGCUUGGGAUUUGACACAGUUGAGCUGAAUGUGGGGUCUCUCGGAGUGCCUGAGGAUAUGCUUCUGAGACUUGUGCGGUUGAUUAAGAGCGGUGGACUGAGAGUGAAGCCUCUGUUUGCGGUUAAGGUUAACAAGUCUGACAUUCCUGUUGGUGAUAGAGCAUUUGGAGCUUAUGUCGUGCCGCGGCCAAGGUAGACUGAGUUUGUUGAAGAUGUUGAUCUACUGAUUAGAAGGGCUGAGAGAUGCUUAGAAGCUGGGGCUGACAUGAUAAUGAUUGAUGCUAAUGAUGUCUGUAAACAAGCUGCUUCGAUACGGGCGGACAUAAUUGCAAAGGUCAUCGGGCGCCUUGGUGUCGAGAAGACCAUGUUUGAAGCAUCGAGUCCAAGAACCUCAGAGUGGUUCAUCCAGCAUUAUGGUCCAAGGGUAAAUCUAUUUGUGGAUCACUCUCAAGUGAUGGACCUGGAGUGCCUCCGGGGACGUAACUUAGGUGGAAACCAGGCAUCUAUGUUGAGCUCUUCAGUCUUUCUGUUAUAAACUCUGUGAUCAGUGAUCAACCUGAAAACAGGAGAAUGUGACCAUAACAUGUGCGUCUGUGUUUGGGUGUCCCUUGUUGUAUCUGUAGUCCUGUUGCCUUGUGUGUUUGUGCUGGUGAUGUUAUUCAUUUUAUUUUUCUUCACUUUAGAGUUUGUAUUCAUCCUAAAGUCUGUACUCUGUAACAUUAAUAAAUCUUCUUCACUGUCACAGUGCAAUCAAGUUCCCUUCAAAUUUGAAUACCAUAUAUAGGGCUCAGACUUCU